AUGUUGGAGUUUAUGGAUUAUGUCCAACAUUCGUUCUAUAAGGCCUCUCAUUGGAAUACUGAGAAUUCUUACUCGCAGUUGACAGCUACAGCUCGAGAGCUUCUCGAAUUCGAUACCCCUCGCGGCCUACGCCUGAAUCUCUCCUCACUCUCCUCUCCCAACUUCGCGACCUCGUACGCACUCGGCAGUGUCGGCCUAGUCGAUGGCGCGCUCUCAUACCUCUAUACCUCUUUGCCCCUCUUCCCGGUUUCGCAGAGCGGAGACAUAGACCUGCACGAUGUGAUACGGGGGUAUAGGCAGAUACAGGAGCUGCGCAAGCAAGAGGAGUCAUGGAUGUGGGAAGAAUGGCAGGGUGGGAAGCGGAUUGAUAAACGCAAUACACUUUUCUACGGACGGCUGUAUUUGCCCCAAAGUACACUCGAAGCGCUAUACCUACGACGUUUGAGCCCAACACAGCAGCUGAAGUUAUCGGCGGUUAGCGAUAGCCGGCUGAAGAACGGCGGGACGAUUUUGGCGUUGCAUCAGUAUGAUACUGGGAAAUAUAGUACGGAGACUCUUUAUUCGACGGAUGGGGGACUGGUUGGUGUGAGGGGAUUAUACAAUUUUGGUCCUGAUCCGCGGAAAGGGAUUACAGAGCCACCGAGGACGGAAGAUCGGUUUUAUGGUCGAUUCAGUGCGGGUGCUGAGAUGUAUUAUGGGGCUUUGAAUAAAUCUGGCGGUGUUAGUUUCGGGGGGAGGUUCGCGACACUACCGGCUCAUAAGGGUGUGCCGUUGACGGCCACCUUGACGCUGAAUCCGCUGAUGGGAAAUUUCAGUACGACGUAUGCUGUGAAGGCUGGGAAGAACUUGGCGCUGUGCUCGAAGUUUGAUUUCAAUGUCUACAGCUACGAGAGCGAUCUGAUGCUUGGAUGUGAGCUGUGGAGGAUGAAGGCCAAGGCUAAGAAAAUCCAGGAGCGAAGUAUGGCUGCGAAGCUCGAAUGGAGACUUGACGAGGUAGAAAAAAAUCCUUCGCCUGAACCGGAGGAAGUUACUGGAGUCCUGAAGGCGCGAGUCGAUCAGAAUUGGAGGAUUGGCUUGUUGUGGGAGGGCAGGAUCAAAGAGUUGCUUUUCACGCUGGCGUCGUCGAUUGAUAUGAAUAGGCCGGAUCAGCCAUUCAGGGCUGUGGGAUUGGAAGUUCAGUACUCGUCUUAA